AUGAAGGUCUUCUCCAAUUCCUGCAACUUCGACUACUCUUGGGAAGAGGUGUCGACUGCAAAUUGGAGGAAGUACUGUCCAUGGAACGAUAAAUCUACACAUGUCAUUGCCGUCGACACGCUGUCGCGGCAUGUCGACGCAGACACUGGAAUUCUCCGCACCGAACGCCUCAUAACAUGCAAACAAUCCGCACCGAAAUGGCUCCUCGCCAUGAUGGGUGGAAACGAAACCUCCCACGUCCUCGAGACCUCCUACGUUGACCCGCAAUCGAAGAAAGUCACCAUGUGCUCGACGAACCUCACCUUCGCGAACCUCAUCGCGGUGCAAGAGACCGUCAUCUACAGGCCGACAUCCGACGCGAAGACCGAGUUCCACCAGGAGGCCAAGGUGACGGCCGUCUGCGGUGGCUGGCAAAAGAUCAAGACCGCGGUCGAGGAGGCGACGGUCUGCCAGUUCCAGAAGAACGCCAUCAAGGGCCGUGAGGGAUUCGAGGCCGUGCUCGAGAUGAGCAGGCUCGCGUUCAGCGAGGAGAAGAGCAGGCAGAAGAUGAUGGCAUAG